AUGACCUUCCACUUUUGCCGGUAGCAGUCCUUGGUGUUGGCCGACACUGGCUGGGGGUGAGUCUGGGGAGGGGUCUUGGAGGACCCAGCCCCACAUCCUUCCUCCCCUUGGCCCCCACCGGGGAUCACCCUCGAGGACACAGGGCUCCUGCCACAAAGGCUGUGUGACACAGGGCUGGUCUCAUUUGUUUGUCAAUUGGGGCUUUUCCUUUCCACUGAGACAGCAGUCUGAAGAGCAGCUGGAGGGCUGGGCCUGGAGAAGCCUUCACAGAUUGGCCCAGCCCCCUAUGCCCAACCUUUCUCAUCUGACCCCAGCCUGACAACUGCAAGAGCCCCAACUUUACCAAGUCCUGAGGAAUAAUUGCUUCUCAUCCCCAGAGGUGUCAUGUUUGCUACGGCGGGACAAUGGGACAAAGCAAAGGUCACUUCAUCAGCUGGUGACAAGCCCGUGUAUGGCUCCCCUUCCUAGGUCGACAAACGAGUGUCAUGUGACCUCUCCUUCACAGGGAUGCUGAGAUGGUUGGAAGAGGCUCCCGGAAGGACCCUGAGUACGGGCGACCUUGUUACUAUCCAAGGAAUAUGGAAUUGGCUCUAGGACGGCCAAGCAGGGCCAUUCUGGGGCAGCACAGGGGACUUCGCUAGCCCGGACGUGAAAACGGGCUACGGCUACGUACGGCUUCUCCCAACUGCUGCACUUGUCCCCUCCCUGGUCCCCUCUCUGAGUGGGAGCCUCUGGCAGGUUCUGAGCCUCCUGUGGCCUGUCUCCUGGGGAGGAGGAGGAGGCCUUUGCCUGCUCCAGGGAGAAUAGGAGCCCAUGGAAUAGGGUAACUGCCUAUCACUGCUGAGGCCGGCCCUGGAGGUCUCAGAGCAGUGAGCAGCCACGUGGAGACCCGGGCCCACGCGGAGGAACGGCUGCUGAAGACGCUUUUCUCUGGCUACAACAAGUGGUCCCGGCCCGUGGCCAACAUCUCCGACGUGGUCCUUGUCCACUUCGGGCUGUCCAUCGCGCAGCUCAUUGACGUGGAUGAGAAGAACCAAAUGAUGACCACCAACGUGUGGGUGAAGCAGGAGUGGCACGACUAUAAGCUGCGCUGGGACCCUGCCGAUUACGAGAACGUCACCUCCAUCCGCAUCCCCUCUGAGCUCAUCUGGCGGCCGGACAUCGUCCUCUACAACAACGCGGACGGGGACUUUGCGGUCACCCACCUGACCAAGGCCCACCUCUUCUACGACGGGCGGGUCCAGUGGACACCCCCCGCCAUCUACAAGAGCUCGUGCAGCAUCGACGUCACCUUCUUCCCGUUCGACCAGCAGAACUGCACCAUGAAGUUCGGGUCCUGGACGUACGACAAGGCCAAGAUAGACCUGGUGAGCAUGCACAGCCGCGUGGACCAGCUGGACCUGUGGGAGAGCGGCGAGUGGGUCAUCGUGGACGCCGUGGGCACCUACAACACCAGGAAGUACGAGUGCUGCGCCGAGGUCUACCCGGACAUCACCUACGCCUUCGUCAUCCGGCGCCUGCCGCUCUUCUACACCAUCAACCUCAUCAUCCCCUGCCUGCUCAUCUCCUGCCUCACCGUGCUCGUCUUCUACCUGCCGUCGGAGUGCGGCGAGAAGAUCACGCUGUGCAUCUCCGUGCUGCUCUCGCUCACCGUCUUCCUGCUGCUCAUCACCGAGAUCAUCCCCUCCACCUCGCUGGUCAUCCCGCUCAUCGGCGAGUACCUGCUCUUCACCAUGAUCUUCGUCACGCUGUCCAUCGUCAUCACGGUCUUCGUGCUCAACGUGCACCACCGCUCGCCGCGCACGCACACCAUGCCCGCCUGGGUCCGCCGGGUCUUCCUGGACGUCGUGCCCCGCCUGCUCUUCAUGAAGCGGCCGUCCGUGGUCAAGGACAACUGCAGGCGGCUCAUCGAAUCCAUGCACAAGAUGGCCAGCGCCCCAGGCUUCUGGCCCGAGCCCGAGGGGGAGCCCGGCGUCCCGAGCGGAACCCAGAGCCGGGGCCCCUCGCGCACCCCGUCCUUCUGCGGCCCCGUGGACGAGCCGGCCAAGCCCCCGCCGGCCUGCAAGUCGCCCUCGGGCCAGGCCCCUGCUCUGCGGCCCUCAGAGGCGGAGGAAGCGAGCCCCCGCCCCUCGCCUGACUCCUGCCGUCCCCUCACCAAAGCCCGGUCCCUGAGUGUCCAGCAUGUGUCCAGUCCUCCCGAAGGGGCGGAGGACGGCGUCCGCUGCCGGUCCCGGAGCAUCCAGUACGGCGGUCCCCAGGACGCCGCCGCCUCUGAAGCUGGGGGCCCCGUGGCCGGCUCCCCGGCCUUGCUCAAGGCCAGCUCGGCCGAGCUCCCGGCCCCGGAGCAGCCCUCUCCCUGCAAAUGCAGGUGCAAGAAGGAGCCGUCCCCGAGCGCCGUGCCCAAAGCCCGGGGCACCAAAGUGCCCCCCCGGCACCUGCCCCUGUCUCCGGCCCUGACGCGGGCGGUGGAGGGCGUCCAGUACAUCGCGGACCACCUGAAGGCGGAGGACACAGACUUCUCGGUGAAGGAGGACUGGAAGUACGUGGCCAUGGUCAUCGACCGAAUCUUCCUCUGGGUGUUCAUCAUCGUCUGCCUGCUGGGGACCGCGGGCCUCUUCCUGCCCCCCUGGCUGGCCGGCAUGAUCUAGCGGGGCGGGGUGGGCACCCACAGGCCCGGCGGCGGCUUGGGGAGCUCGCCGGGGGUCUGGGCCCGGCCGUCCGGGGACUGCUGUGUUCUGUGGGGCCCCGCCAUCUGCCAAAUUGUCCCCCAGUUUCUGCGUCCUGCAGGGGGGCCUUGGCAAGGGCCACUGUCCCCGGGGGACCCUGCUGGCCUCUCGCCUGGACGGCCGAGUCCCGCCCACGUCUUAUUAAAGUUCAUCCAGAGCAUGGUGA